AUGCAUACUACAGUCUCUCUUUCUCCUGUGCCUGUGUAUACCUCUACCAGUGUGAGGUGGGUAUGCGAGUUGUGGUGCUACGUACAAAGUGGAAAGUCGCCCGUCCUCCAGUACGGGCUUUCAGCCUGUCUUGAACUUCGACGACCAGCCUACCGUGCUUGCCAUCUCUUGCACUUUUCACCUCAAUCGACCCCAGCACCACCACCCCUCUCCGAACACUCGACACCCGCCGGCCUCUUUCUCGGACAAAGCGCGACAAUACCUACGAGUGUUGCGCGGUCCAGUCUUCUGCAUGAGCUUGCAUCGUCGCUCUCCCAAAUCUCAGUCUCCAAGCGCAUCUCAGUGUCAACACGGACCGGCCAGAGGAACAGAAGUGUGUAUGCCGAGACACGGAGAUUGCCAAAGGAACGCAGCGGAAUUCCGAGUGCAAUGGCUGCAGCAUCAUCGCCGGCUCUGCCGCCUACUUCAGUUGCGCAAGCAUCGGUCGCUGUAGAGCAGUCGGAUCGCAUGAGCUCCGGCAACGCUCCACAUCGCCACGCCUCGCCGAACGCAGCUCAACAUCGCUCGAUACCUUCGUUCAGUAUCAACGAGCAUGCUGAUUCAAUAGCCGGGGGGCGAGACUCGAGACAAUCGGGGUCAUCAGACAUUCCAAGCUCCAACGGGCACUCGAGAACACCUUCAAGAGAAUCACCAGAGUGGGAAGACGAGGGGAAUGCUGGAAAUUCCUUUGCCGUGACCAAGGAAAUACCAUUGAGGCAAUUGCAAAUCAACGACGGAGCCUACCGCAGCAGAUAUUCUCACACUGCAGAGAUGGACACGGCACACUUACAAGAUGGACACGAUGGCUCCAUGUACAGUCCCACGGAUCGACAGCACGCCGUAGAUUACAGUCAACCGCCGACACCUCCGGCGCGCAUCUAUACCCCCCGCGAAGACGUCCAGUCACCAACCGGAGACCCCGAGCGUUUCUCCAAUGGCGGCUCCCCGAAUCCAUAUCGGUAUGCACAGGAUGCGCCACUUCAAGUUCCGCGUAGCACGGUUCCCAGACCCAGCUCUGCCUACACGUUGGGUUCGGAACUCAAUGCACGAGGUCGCACGCACUCCCCGCGCCUCUCGAUCGGCGGAUCUCCGUCAUCUCAAGGAUCGCCCAACAGCUAUGCGCGUCCAACCUCGAGAAAUCGCCGCUCGCCUGAUGUUCGGCCUCUUUCUACGUAUGUGGAUCUCAUCAACUUGCCUUACAACCAGCAGGUUGCUCCUGCUGCCAACUUUGGACAUGCGUCUUUACGAGGCGCGGUUGGCCAAAACGCGUCGCUCCUAGAUACGAAAAAGACUCUUGACAUGUACCGAGGCAAUCUUAAGAAGACACAAGAUAGUGCUGUGCAGUAUGAGUUUGCUCUCUUCAUGGUGCAGGUUGCACGCGACGUCAUGGCGUCGGGGGCCGGUCCUGAGGAGCAUGGUCUUGUGCCCUCGGACCUGCUACGGGAAGCACGACUGAUUCUCCAGCGAUUAGCCGAUCGCAGCUAUCCGUUUGCACAAUAUUACCUCGCUGAUGGCUAUGCAUCUGGCUUGUUUAAUAAAGAUAAGCCCGAUUAUGACCGGGCAUUUCCCCUCUUCGUUGCUGCUAGUAAGCACGGCCAUGCAGAAUCUGGUUACCGCACUGCGCUAUGUUAUGAGUUUGGUUGGGGAUGCCGUAAAGAUUACGCCAAAGCAGUGCAAUUCUUUCGAGCGGCCGCGUCCAAAAACCAUCCUGGAGCUGCGACACGUUUGGGCAAGGCCUGUCUAACAGGAGAUAUGGGACUCCAGGGCAAAUAUCGAGAGGGUGUGAAGUGGCUCAAACGCGCCUCGGAAUCCGCCGACUUCCAGUACAAUAAUGCACCCUAUGAGCUGGGGCUGCUUCACGAGACCGGUUACGGAGAUGACAUCUUCAAAGAUGAGAUAUAUGCAGUGCAGCUGUUCACACAGGCUGCAGAGCUCGGACACCCAUUGGCUGCGUUGAAACUGGGCGAGGCAUACGAACAUGGCCUUUUGCGGUGCCCCAAGGACGCGGCUCUUUCUGUACACUACUACAACUGCGCUGCCCAGGCCGACAUCCCAGAAGCUAUGAUGAAUCUUUGUGCCUGGUACAUGGUCGGGGCUGAGCCGGUGUUGGAGAAGGACGAGAAUGAGGCCUACGAGUGGGCCAAGAAGGCUGCGGAGCAUGGUCUCCCAAAAGCCGAAUACGCUUGCGGAUAUUUUACAGAGAUGGGCAUCGGUUGUCGACGGGAUACUCUUGCGGCAAACGUCUGGUACGUCAAAGCUUGCGACCAUGGCGAUGAGCGAGCACGACAACGCCUGGCGAUUAUUCAAGCUGCAGCCUCUGGCCAGGAGCAGGCUCCACAACCGCUUGAAAAUGGAAAGCUAAAAAAGGGGUCCAAGAGCAAGGACGAAAGUUGCGUGGUCAUGUAG